AUGAAAAAAAAUUUUUUUAUUACGGAGAUGUGGCAAUAUUUAAAAACUGUAUUAUUUGGACCAAGACUUUAUGCAAUUUUUGCAAAUCCAGAUUAUUAUUAUAAUAGUAACAUUUUUGAAAAUAUUGGCAAUCAUAUUCUUUCAAAUCUUCGUGGUUUAAAAUAUACAUGCAUGGCAUUAUGGCCAGUAAUACUAAUCGUUGCUAUUAACAAUAAUUUAAUAAAUACAACAUCAUUACCUUAUUUAUUUAGAGUUCUAACUAUUUGUUACCUUUUUGGAUAUUCAUCUAGAUUUGUUGGAAGGGUUAUGAACAAAGAAUAUGGUGUAUUUGUAGAAGAAUUAACAAACUCAUUAAAUAAAAAAACAUUUAAAGUAUAUGAAAAAUAUGAUUUUGAAAUUUCAAAAGGUCCAAUUACUUUUGAUAAUUCUUUAACUAAUAUGGCAAAUCAAAGAAAAAUGUUUGAUAAUGUUGGAAAAGAUGAAAUCCCAGAUUGGGGUAUAUUUAAUAUUGUUAGAGAUGCUCUUUCAUAUGUUGCGGUGCAUUCAUUUGGAAAGAGAUUGUUAUAUCCUGGACAAGUGGCGCUUCUUCAAUAUUUCUUUCAACCUACAUUUUUAAAUGCUAGAAAGGAUUAUUUUUUAGUUCAUAAAGCUAAACGCAUGGUAUUAUUAACUCCUGAAAAUGACAUUAUUGAUUCCAUUUUUUUCGAUAGGAGGAAUACAAAUGAUAGCAAUGGAAAAUAUUUAGUUAUUUGUAGUGAAGGAAAUGCUGGAUUUUACGAAGUUGGUUUAGUAAAUGGAGUACAUCCUCUUGGAUAUUCUGUAAUGGGAUGGAAUACACCAGGAUUUGUUGAAAGCAUUGGUGAAACAUAUCCACAUAGAAUUGCAGCAGCAAUAGAUACUGUGUUUCAGAAUGCUUUGGCUCAAGGUUUUCGUGAAGAAGAUAUUAUUGUAUAUGGGUGGUCUAUUGGUGGUUAUCCUUCAACAUGGUUAGCAGCAAAUUAUCCAAAAAUAAAACAUCUUGUUUUGGAUGCUACUUUUGAUGAUGUAUUACCAUUAGCUAGAUUACGAAUGCCAGAAAUUCUUGAAGGAGCUGUUGUUCAUGCAAUUAGAACAUACUUAAAUCUUCCAGUAUCAACUCAAUUAGAGCAUUAUAAAGGAGAAGUAACAAUUAUAAGGAGAUUACGGGAUGAAAUGAUUAUAACAAAUCCAUUGGGAACGUACAGUGAAAAAACUGCAUCAAAUAGAGCAAAUAAUCUUUUAAAAAAACUUAUUCUUUCCCGACAUUUUGAUAUAUUUCAAAAUAGACCGGAACUUGUAAAAUAUAUUGAUAUUUGGUUAGCUUUAGAUGAAAUUUCAAGAAUUUCUUUACAUGAUGAUGAUUCACAAAUUGAAGAGAUAUAUAAGAUUUGUUCAAAGUAUUUUGUUGAUGUAGAUCUUGGCCACAAUGAUCCUCUCGGUAGUAAUGUUUUUAAAUUAAUUAUUGAGUCAUCAAAUUAA